AUGAACAGGAGCGUGGGGGACCUGGGUGUUGGCGGCUGCAGCCCCUGGGACGACCCUGCUCGCUUCAUUGUGGUGCCCGCGGCCUAUGCCUUGGCGCUGGGCCUAGGGCUGCCGGCCAACGUGGCGGCCCUGGCGGUGUUCGUCCGCAGCGGCAGGCGCCUGGGCCAGGCCCUGCGUCUCUACCUGCUCAACCUGGCCCUGGCCGACGUGCUCUUCACGCUCACGCUGCCGCUGUGGCUCACCUACUACCUGGGCCCGGCCCACUGGCCCUUCCCGGAGGCCGCCUGCCGCGCGGCCGGGGCCGCCUACUAUGUGUCCACCUACGCGGCCGUGGCCUUCGCGGCGCUCAUCAGCGUGUGCCGCUGCGGCUCCGUGCACCGGCCGGGGCCCAAGGCGGCCGCCCGCCCGGCCCUGCGCCGCCGCGGCCCCGCCCGCGCCGCGUGCGCCGCCGCCUGGCUGGCAGGCCUGGCCUGCGCCGCACCCUCGCUGGCCGCCCCGCACGCGCUGCGCCCCGGGCCGGGCGGCGCCUCUCGCUGCCUGGAGCGCGGCUGGGCGCGCGCCGGCCUGGCCUACGCCACCGUGGCCUUCUUCACCGCCGCCUUCCUGCUGGUGCUCGCGGCUUACGUGAGCCUGGCGCGGGCGCUCGCCUCGCCCUCGGGCCCGGGCCCGGCCCCAGCCGGUCCGCACCGGCGCGCAGCCAGGACCAUGGUGCUGGGGCUCCUGCUGGUCUUCGCCCUCUGCCUGGCGCCCUACCAUCUGCUGCUGGCGCCCUGGGUAACGGGGCAGGAGGUCGCCGCGAGCCGCGAAGGCGGCGGGUGCCGGGCCACCUCCACGCUCGACGUCCUGCACACUCUCAGCCUGGCGUUGCUGAGUCUCAACAGCUGCCUGGACCCGCUCAUCUACUGCUUCUCGGUGCGCCGCUUCCGCCAGGACUGCUGGGCGCUGAGCUGCCGUCUGGGGGUAGGGGCACCUGGGGCGCACUCGGCCUCCUUGGCCUCCUCCUAG